AUGCAGCGCACAAUCGCAAGGCUAGCUACUACGAAAGCUACAGUACUACCUCCGCCUACUCUCCCACACUUUCAUCAAAAGGUACAGCUAUCUGAUGGCUCGACGAUAACAAUGUUCACAACGUCGCCGAGAUCUGUGAUAAAGUCAUCCAAGGACACAGGCAACCACGCCGUCUGGAAUCCACAGAGCGUGAAGCUUACCACGGAAGACGAGUCUGGCAGAUUGACCAGAUUCGCAAAGAGAUUCGGUCUCGAGGCAGAUGACGGGCCAGAGAAGGGCAGGCUCGAGAGACAGAUGGCUUUGGGUGGAUUCGGCGACCAGGACCUCGAGAAUAUCGACAGAGAGGCCACAGAGUCUGAAAAGAAGAUACAGGCUAAACCAGAACACAAGCCAGCACCAAAGAAAAAGAAGUAG